AUGCCUGCCAACGUUGCUAGAAAACCCGAUGCCUGUCGCAGAAUUAGCGGAAGGGACGAUCGGGAUCUGCCUGAUGCAUUAGGCCUGGAGUGCGACACCGAGCACAAACCAUUGCAUGAAAGCCGACUUAUCGCUGUGAUCCUGUGGCUCCAGCCUAGAUUGCCGGUUGCCUCAGCCAUUGACAUGCAGGAGUGGAAGACUGGCCUCAAUUUGUCACCUAAAGGUUAUCUGGGUUUGAUGGGCGUGCUGUCGUCGCAAAUGGACUCGAUCUCUGGCUGGAAUUUGUCCGCUAAAAUCGGCAAGGAUACCCCAUGGAAUCCGAUGUCUCAGACGGGCUGGGCAAAUGGGAUCCUCUUCAUGACGGUUGAAAUAUCCGAGCAUCGAAAACGGAUCUGCCGCAUCCCUCGAUGGCUCCCCAAUGCAACACCAUUUCCACCACCAUUUCACUUUAACACCUUGGACCUCGAAUUCAUGCAGCAUUAUUACUCGCGAGUUUCAAGCCACUGUCUGAGUUACUCGCUACCUGGACCGUCACACAGCAUCUCUGUAUAUCGAUUCUCCAAUGCCGGAAAGUUUGAGAACAAAGGGGCCAUUUCCGAGAACCUUUGGGGGGCCAUUACUCUUGACAUGGUACAGCAGCGACAAACAACUGAGCUUGAAUGGACGCCGCCACUGGAAACGGGUGUUUGGAUUGUUCCUCUCGUAUCCACCUACAUUCUCGAAAGCACUUGGAUUUCACAACGAUCUUACUUUGGCAUGCAUGCCAGAGUUGACGCAACAACCUUGUCAUUGCCUCGGGGCAUUGCGACGCUUGAUUUCCUCAAGGUUGCUGAGCAUAAGCCGUCCAAGCUAUUGUUGGAAGUACCCAUCAUUAUCUCCCUCUGGCAAAUGUUGCCAUCCAUCACAAAAACCGCCAUUUCCUCUGCAUCAUUGGUUCGUCUUCUAAUAAUGCCGGAGAUCACGUCGUUGCAACCUUGGAAUGGUGGGCUGGAGGUUGAUGCCGUCACAUGA